GCAGCAGCAGAGAACGACGACAACGAAUGUGACGACUAAGAUGACGAUGAUGACAAAGAUGCCGAAGACAAUGACAACGAUGAUGGUGAUGUUAUGCGCAGUUUUGACGACGCUGGCGCAAGUAGCAUCUUAUUUGAAUGUCAACAACGGCGAGAACAAAGGAGAAAUGCUGAAAGCGAACAAGAAACCUACAAUGUGCAGAAGAGGGAAAGAAACAGAAAAAACUCAAAUUUCUGGUUUUUCAAAGAACUUUCAUGACAUACAAGACUCUAUUUGUUGGUUUGAUGGAAGCGAUAAAAUCGAUGUCGAAGUGUGGUUACGCGAAUUUUUAGAAACUUCUAUUUUGAAGGGGUAGGGCAAAUUUAUACUUGCAAAAAAAUCUCUACGGGUUUGGUUAAACUAUUUAUUCAAAGUGACGUAGAAUCACAUCGCGGCAAAAAUUAAAAUUGGCUUGAGAAGAAACAAUUGUAGCAAUAUAAAUAUGGUUACUGUAUUAUGUUGUAUCGUUACCUUAUUUUAAUGUUACUUGAAUAAGCAAUCCUGUUGUACUAUUGAAUUUGUAUCAUACCUUAUUUUAAUGUUACUCGAAUAAGCAAUCCUGUUGUACUAUUGAAUUUGUAUCAUACCUUAUUUUAAUGUUACUCGAAUAAGCAACCCUGAUGUACUAUUGAAUUUGUAUUAUACCUUAUUUUAAUGUUACUCAAAUAAGCAACCCUGAGUUUUUAAACUUGUAACUGGCGACAUGAAAGUGUAGAGAAAAUAAAGAAGAGUUCAGUUCGAACGCAACCAUUAAACGAAUCGGUCAUCCCAUGCUACAAUAUUUCAGAAGUGGGAUUCGGGUACAGUAGCAAAGUUUUAACAAAUUUUUUUUUAAAUGGAGUGCAUCGAUACUAAUAUAUAUACGGCGGCCCAGUUGCGUGAGUGGUUGAAGCGGUUGGGGCUCCCGACUAAUGGCAACAAAAGUGCCCUAGCAAUAAGGUUGGGCGAUGUGCCUGCGGUUGAGCGUGGCGAUUGCCCUAGUUUCGCUGGCGAGGAGGUUGAGUCGGUGGGCGUUGGUGAAUCACCUUUGGAGGAGACAGCGGAGCGUGAUUUGGUGACACAAAAUGAGUUCCUGACCAAAGAAGUCGAGCGGUUGAAGCUGGUGAUUGUGCAACUUGGGUCGGGCAGUGUGGUGGGCGGGGCCGCUGGUGUGACAGAGAGGGAUGAUUCAGUGAAUGGCGACGUAACGAAUGUCAGCGCAACAUAUAACAGACAAGCGAACAUACAACAUGCAACGAUUAAUGGCGGCGGCGCUUCGAACGACGGCGGCGCAUUGAACAACGGCAGCAGCGCUUCGAAUGACGGCGGCGCAUUGAACAACGGCAGCAGCGCUUUGAACGACGGCGGCGCUUUAAAAGACAAUGACGCUUUGAACAGCGAUGGCGCUGUAGGUACAGUAAGAAACGAAAAAGAUAGCGCUACGGUAAGGAAUGUCGGUGCUAUACCUUUGGAGAUGGUAAAAGAUCUGUUACCAGAAUACGAAGGUGGGCCGAAUUUCAACAUAUGGAUUCAACAGUUAAGAAGUGCUGGAAAAGUUUUUAACCUUGAUCAUAGCGCGCUGCGCGCUGUAAUGAUAAGCAAGUUGAAAGGUAGUGCAAGAGUGUGGCUGCACGCGAGGCCUCUGUUUAUCACCGAAAAUAUAGACAGCCUUGUUGCAGAAAUGCAAGCGGUGUUUGCACCAACACACAACAAGUUGUUGCUGCGAAAACAGUUUGAAGCGCGCAAGUGGUCGGUUGGUGAAACCUUCCAAAAAUACUACAAUGAAAAAGUUUUACUGUCAGAUCCGUUGAAUAUGGAUGAAUGCGAGCUGAUUGACCAUAUUGUCGAGGGUAUGCCGGACGAGCAGUUACGGAAUCAGGCAUAUAUCCAAUGCUACACUACAAGAGUGCAGCUUCUGCAGGCGUUCGGGAGAGUUGAAUUGAAACGUGACUCGAUGCAGAUGCCUCGCACUAAUGUCAGAUGUUUCAACUGCAACUCAUUUGGACACAUGGCCGUGGCAUGUCGGAAGCCGAAGCGAGAGGUUGGGGCGUGUUAUGGGUGUGGCAGCAUGGAACAUAAAGUCGCUACGUGUCCAACGAGGAUUCAAAACAACCGUGCAGAUGAGAGCCCAUACAAUGCCUCAUAGACUCAGGAAGCCCAAUAAGUUUUGUAAAACGAUCAUCCUUACCAGAUACUAUUGAAUUUAAUGAUAAUUUUUCAGUUUGUAUUCCAUAUUUUGGUUUAAAUAAAAGUAAAUUAGAAAUGUUUGGUGAAUUUAA